UCAUUCUCUCUGCAGUUUCAAUUCAGACAAAAUUUCCUCUUUUUUCCCGCCAAAAAGAAGCAAUGAAUGGGCGGACGCCUGGUUUUCACUCCCAUUUUCCACCAAAAAUCGCCGAUCUCCGAUUGAAGAUUCUGCAGAUUGUUUCUCGUCAUGAACAGCUAAAACUGGCGUUUAAUCAGCUCAAUUCUCAGAUCAAAGACAGUUUGCGCGAAGCGGAAGAUGUAUUUACCUCCCUGGCUCUGCCGCUGAUGAAGCUGGUGGGAUUGAAGACCGUUGAAAUGGCUGAGGAGGGAAGAUUCAGUACUAUCAUUACCGAUACUAACCGUUCACAUUCUCAAGAAGAAAGCUAUACAGAUAGAGCUACCUCAGCAGGCAAAGAGCUGAGGGAGAAACAAAAGUUGCAGCUUUUGCAACUGAUUCAUCUUCUUAAACAAAUUGAAAUCCAGGUUAACUCAAGCAAAAGUGACAUCCUCGAGACUCUUUAUGGCCAUCAAGUGUCCAUCAGAAGAUUCUUUCAUAAAGCUUUUGCGCAUGUUUCUGCUAUUCAUCAAUCAAGCCAUGACAAUGGCAUGUCUCUGAUGAUGCUAAAACUCCUCAAAGCUUCAUUUGACCAUGUUGGAGCAGCCGUUAGCUCAGUGGAGGUUGGAGUAGAUAGCCUGAUACGUGAUCUUGCUGAAAAAAUGUGUAAUCCCAUGGUUGAGUAUGUCCAUGCUCUAAAGGGUGAAUUUACAACAGGAACAUGCAAUCGCCUAUUGACUGUAGUUGAAGAGAUAGAGGGGGCAAUGAGAGUCAGGAGGCUAGAGUUGCAGGAAGCAAGGAACAGAGCAGUAUUGGCAGAAAAAAGUAGGCUCGAGUUAUUGAGAAAGUUGAAGGAAUCAGAAGAGAUGGUGAAAAAACUUACAACACACGACAGAUUCCUAUUGGAAGAUAACAGGAAAACAAAGGAAAACUUGAUGCAGCAAAAGGUAUUGUUACAUAUCAUCAUUUGUUUUUAUCUGGUGCUUAUGUUGCAGCAAAUUUUACAAGCAGGAAAAAAAAGUUAAAUUUUAAUACGGGAAGUAUAUUCAUUAGCAU